AUGUGGCAGCAAGACAACGCUAAUCUCUACGCAUCUUCCUCUAAUUAUUACCCUCAACAAUUACAACAGGAACCUCUGCAAUUCUAUUCUCAACCUCAAGAAUAUUAUGUUGCAUCACGGACAAGUCUCGAUGGCCAGGUACAGGGAUCUAUAGCUCAACAACCGAGCGGGUUUGGGGGCAACAUGCAGCCUCAAGGAGGCUGGUGGACUGCAUUUGGUACCGGUGGCUUUGAAGGCGAACCACCCUUACUUGAAGCAGAACUUGGAAUUAAUUUUCAGCAUAUACGAGACAAAUCAUUGACUGUUCUUAACCCCCUUCGGCGCGUUGACGAACACAUUAUGGACGAUGCCGACCUCGCAGGUCCCAUUUUUUUCUGCUUCUGUUUCGGCAUUUGUCUUCUAUUCUCUGGAAAAUCAAACUUCAACUACAUCUAUGGCGUCGGCCUUUUUGGAUCUGCAUCUCUCUAUACUCUCCUCAAUUUGAUGUCUGAACAAGGGAUUGAUGCCUACCGCGUUGCAUCUGUACUAGGUUACUGUCUUUUACCUAUGGUAGGAGUCGGUGCCAUUAGCGUCACGAUGGCUCUAGACGAUACAUUCGGAUACCUGCUCUCCGUCUUGUCAAUCCUAUGGUGUACAUAUGCCGCGUCGGGCAUUUUCGUCGCCGUCCUUCGCUUAUCUGAUCAACGGCUUCUUGUCGCAUAUCCCGUUGGGCUACUGUACGGAUGCUUUGCACUUCUCAGUAUCUUUAAUGGCCGACCACUAGAGAAAUGA